AUGGAAGCUCUCCUCUCUCAAUUCACUUUCCUCUCAGAUCAAGCUUUACAAGGCAACAAGAACUUCGACCCAUCCGCCAUGGAAGACCUAAUGAAGCUUUUCGAGAUCGAAUCUUACAAAGCAUGGGCAGCUUUGGAGCUAGAGGAAGAAAAACAAGUGAAAGGAGCUGAAAUAACCAUGCAACAAGCAGAGGAUUAUUUUGACUCAGUCAUGGAAACCGCCGUGGAUGAGUUCAGGCGAUUCGAGGAAGAAAUGGAACGCGAGUCAAAAGCUGAACUCAGUGGUGUUGAUGAUACUGCUGAGAAAGUUAAAAAAAUGGGGGAUUUGAUGGAAAAAGGUGCAAACAUUGCUUCUAAAUUGUAUGUUGAAGCUGCUAUGAAAUCUGCAGGUUUUAAUGGACUUUCACCUAACAAGGUUCAUCCUUCAUGA